GAUAAGCAGAUUACAACUGCAUCAUUUUACUGUUUAAACUGUGACUAGAUUUGAAGACAGCUUACAAAAGCUGAAGUGUAUACAUUCAGAUGGUGGACUGUGGUUUAUUAUUUUAUUCGUCUCCACAUUUAAAGAGCUGUACAAAAUUGUAGAUAAUCUGUCAGCUAUUCUAAUGUGCAUUGGUUAGGCACAAUUUCUUUGAUUGUGGAUAAUCCUAUUUUGCCACUUCAUCUAUAAACAGGUUAUGUAGAGUCAGCUUUGACAGAUAUGAACUUUCCCACAGAGUAAAGAAUAUAUAAACAGCUAUCUACAAAUGAAAAUUAAUGUUUAAGUUUUGCAUAAAUAAGUAUCCUCUUAUCAAUCAAAAUAUUACCUGGAGACCAGGAAUACCUCUAAUUUUCCCCAAUGUGGAGAAGAUUCUUCACUCGAUGCAGAGCUCGACACUAUGCUGAAGGUUGCCAAGCAACAGAAAUCAUCCAAAUCGAAAAUGAGCAGAGAAAUGAAGGACUACAGCUACUUAAGCCCAUGGGAUCAGAGCGGAUGGAGAUGCGUAAGCGUCAGACAUUGGUGCAACAGGAGAUGCUGGGCUCUGCACAACCACAGCAGGGUGAUGGGAACCGUGGCUCCAAUGCCUGCUGUUUUUGCUGGUGCUGCUGCUGCAGCUGCUCAUGGUACGUCUUUCAAUCUAUUAUCCCCGAACUCUGGAGAAUGACUGGAAGUCUUACUGUUAGGAAUGAAGAUGAUGAACGAGCAAGAAGAAUGUCUCAGGAAGCUAGAGGAGAAAGCCUGCCAAACUGUGAAGAAAGGCAAUGGUGGCAUCCAGCAAACCUCUGCCAGAAACAGGUCAGCACCCAGGGACCUCUGCUUUCCCUUUACCUCUGAGGAGGAAGCCACUGAACACUUAGAAGAUAUCCCAGCAAGGCUUUCACCUGGACCCUCCACCACUCAGAAGCUUUCUCACCUUAGUGAGUUAUGUAGCUAGAUUAGACUCAGGAGCACACAUUCACAUGCCUCUGCAGCUGGGCAAUGAAGAAAUACUCUAGGUCUCUGGCACUCAGAGAACUGCUGAGCCCUAAGUAAAUGACAAUCCCACAGUCUCAAUCAUGAAUGACUUAUAAAAGUGUAUAGACUCAGGAACAGUAACAGGUUCGAUGGAGGUACUGUGUCGACUGGAUUAAAGAAUGGAGCAGUCCAUCAACUUUGUGGCUGUUGCAUGCAUGCAUCUGACUGACUCCAUGGACAGGUUGGCGACCACCAUGGAGACCCAGGUCCAGUACCUACUGGAUAUGCACACAGAGAACACUCCAUUGCUUUAGUCAUAAAUGCUCGCCAUAAGUGGCAAGGCAAAAGAGGGAAACAAAGGAAAUUGGCCUAUCUGCAGGUGGCUGUUUCUUGAACAGACACAGAGUGAUGCUAGCAGGUAGGAGGAACAACACAAAGAACGCCUGCACAGACUUCUUCUCGGACACUGCAGAGGUGCCUGGUUUCUCCGCUGCCCCUCUAACCAUAAAUCUUUCAAAAGCUGUAACUGAAGGGGCUGAGCCUGCAGCAGGGCAGGACACUUUCAUAAGCCUUGGCCCUGUAGGCCCAAAUCUCCCAGGAGAUGACAAAAUCUUUCAGAUGGAAAAGGCCUAUUGGAGAACAGGUUCCUUCCCCUCUAGCUGCAGUCAGGAUUGCACUUUAACGUAGUAGGAGAGAGAAGAAGAAAAUAAAACUUAUUGAGGGCACAUCAUGACACGGCUGAUAUUAAAAAUAACUAUUUUUGUAAAUAUAUUUUUGUUUAAACUCUUAAAAUGUCUCUUAAAAGGUCUGAUGUAAUUUUUGCGGGUGGACCUUGUUAAGUUGCACCAAUGUGAGAAGCAGUCCCAUUAGAUAUCCCAAAGAUGAAAGAAGUUGUAAUCACAGGCAAUGCUCAUCUCUCAGAAGAAACUAACUCUUUCACUGCAGAUACCCUUAGAUGUCAGGGAUCCUUGAACUGGGAUGUUCAGGAUAAUAGCCAAAAUGUUAAUCUAGACAGUAUUGAAGCUAAAGCAAUGUGGGUGAACUUUAUUUCUAAAUUUGGAAAUUCAAGAUGUGAGUUACUCAGUGCCGAGUUCAUAGCCUCUGACCUGUUCUUGUAGCCACUGUUUAUAUGACUGUUCCAGUUCAGUUUCUGAUCAGUGGUAGUACCUAUGUUCUUGAUUGUUGGGAUUCAGGGAUGAUAAUACCAAUGAAUAUCAUGGGGCAAUGUUGGAUUCUCUCUCUUGUUAGAGAUGAUCAUUGCCUAGUACGUACAUGAUGUAACUGUUACUUGCCACUUGUCAGUCCAAGUCUCAAUAUUGUCCAUGUCUAGCUGCAUUUAGAUAUGGGCUGUUUCAGUAUCUAAGAAAUCUUGACUGGUGCUGAAAAUUGUACUGUCAUUGGUGAACAUCCCCACUUCUGACUUUAUGUUGGAGUGAAGAUCAUUGAUGAAUCAGCGAAAGAUGAUUGGACCUAAGACCCUUCUGCAGAGAUGUCCUAGACCUGAGAUGACUCACCUCCAACCACCACAUCAACUUCCUUUGUGCAAAUUAUGAUUCCAACCAGUGGAGAGUUUUUCCCUAUUCCCACUGACUCCAGUUUUGCCACCAUUUCGCCUUGAUAUCACAUUCAAUCAAAUGUAGUCUUAAUGUCAAGGACAGUAGCUCUCACCUCACCUGUGGAAUUCAGCUCUUCUGUCCAUUUUUGGACCAAGGUUGUAAUGAAGUCAGGAAUUGAGUGGCCCUGGCAGAACCCAAACUGGGCACCAGUGAGCAAGUGUUGCUUUAUAGCACUGUUGACGACACCUUACAUCAGCUUACUGAUGAUCGAGAGUAGAAUGAUGGGGCAGUAAUUGGCUGGGUUGGAUUUGUACUGCUUUUUCUGCACAAGAUAUACCCAAUUUUUCACAUUGUCAGUAGAUGCUAGUGUUGUAACUGUACUAGAAGAGUUUGGCUAGGGGCAUGGAGGUUCUGGAGCACAAGUCUUCCGGAGCAUUGCUGGAAUGUUGUCAGGAUCCAUAACCUUUGCAAUAUCUAUGCCUCCAACUCUAUCUUGAUAUAACGUGAAGUGAAUCAAAUUGACUGAAGACUGAUAGCUGUGAAGAUGUGGACAUCUGGAGGAGGCUGGGAUGGAUCAUCCACUUGGUACGUUUGGCUAUAGAUUGAUGUGAAUGCUUCAUCCUUACCUUUUAUACUGAUCUGUUGGGUUUCCCCAUUAUUGAGGAUAGGGAUGUUUCUGAAACAUCCUCCUGCAGUGAAUUGUUUAAUUGCCCACCACAAUUCAUGAUUAGGUAUAGCAAGAAUGCAAAACUUAAAUCUGAUCUGUUUGUCGUGGAAUCAUUUAGUUCUGUCUGACACUUGCUACUUAUACUGUUUUGCUCACAAGUAGUCCUGUUUGGUAGCUUCACCAGGUUGACAUGUUAUUUCUAGGUAUGCCUGGUUCUGCUUCUGGCAUGUCCUUCUGCACUCUUCAUUGAAUUAGGGUUCAUCCCCUAGCUUAAUGAUAAUGGUAGAGAAGGGGAGUAUCCCAGGCCGUGUAACAAUUCCUCUGCUGUUCUUGGCCCACCGCACCUUAUGGAUGUCCAAUCUUGAGUUGCUAAAUCUGUUUGAAAUUUAUCCUGUUUAGCACAUUCAUAGUGCUAUACAACAUGCCAAUGUAAGGUAUUCUCAAUGUGAAGACUUCGUAUCCAGAAGGAUCGUACCUGAUGAAGGAGCGGCACU